CCUGGCACUGCCUCCUUGUCCAGCUCUUUCAGAGUGCUGAGGGCAGAGGGGAAGGUGGUCAACAAGAGCCCCACCCCGACAAGGCUGUCAGGAGCGGCUGCCUCAGGAUGUCGGGCUUGAGACUGGGUGACCAUGUGUGGCUGAACCUCACCUCUGCUGACAAGACCAGCGUGCCCAUCGGGGGCAUCAUCAAAGAAACAAAGCCUGGCAAGAUCUUGGUGGAAGAUGAUGAAGGCAAAGAACACUGGAUCCGAGCAGAGGACCUUGGCACCCUCAGCCCCAUGCACCCCAACUCUGCUCAGGGCGUGGAUGACAUGAUCCUCCUGGGGGACCUGAACGAGGCGGGCAUGGUGCACAACCUCCUGAUCCGCUACCAGCAGCACAAGAUCUACACGUACACAGGCUCCAUCCUUGUGGCCGUGAACCCGUACCAGGUGCUGCCCCUCUACACCGUGGAGCAGGUGCAGCUGUACUACAAGCGCCAUGUGGGCGAGCUGCCACCACACGUCUUUGCCAUCGCAAACAACUGCUACUUCAACAUGAGGAAGAACAAGACGGACCAGUGCUGCAUUAUCAAUGGCGAGUCUGGAGCAGGGAAAACAGAGACCACCAAGCUCAUCCUGCAGUUCCUGGCCACCAUCAGCAGUCAGCAUUCGUGGAUUGAGCAGCAGGUCCUGGAGGCCAACCCCAUCCUGGAAGCCUUUGGAAAUGCCAAGACGAUCCGAAACGACAACUCAAGCCGCUUUGGGAAGUACAUCGACAUCUACUUCAACCCCAGUGGGGUGAUUGAGGGGGCGUGCAUCGAGCAAUUUCUUCUGGAGAAAUCCCGGGUCUGCCGGCAGGCCCCCGAGGAGCGGAACUACCACAUCUUCUACUGCAUGCUCAUGGGGAUGAGCGCGGAGGAGAAGCAGCUGCUGUGCCUGGGCACGCCCUCUCAGUACCACUACCUGACCAUGGGGAACUGUACCUCCUGUGAGGGGCUCAGUGACGCCAAGAACUAUGCCCACGUCCGCUCAGCCAUGAAGAUCCUCAUGUUCUCCGACUCCGAGAACUGGGACCUCAGCAAGCUGCUGGCCGCCAUUCUCCACCUGGGGAAUGUGGAGUUCAUGGCUGCGGUCUUCGAGAACCUGGACUCCUCUGACGUGAUGGAGACGCCCGCCUUUCCCACCGUGAUGAAGUUACUGGAGGUGAAGGACCAGGCACUCCGAGACUGUCUGAUCAAGCACUCCAUCAUCAUCCGUGGGGAGUUUGUCACCAGGCCCCUGAACAUCGCCCAGGCUGCAGACCGGAGGGAUGCCUUCGUCAAGGGCAUCUAUGGGCACCUCUUCCUGUGGAUUCUCAAGAAAAUCAACGCUGCAAUUUUCACCCCACCUGCCCAGGACCCCAAAAAUGUGCGAAGGACCAUCGGCCUCCUGGACAUAUUUGGUUUUGAAAAUUUCCAGAAAAAUAGCUUCGAGCAGCUCUGCAUCAACCUGGCCAACGAGCACCUGCAACAGCUCUUCGUGCAGCACGUGUUCACCAUGGAGCAAGAGGAGUACCGCACCGAGCGCAUCGCCUGGGACUACAUCCACUACCACGACAACCUGCCCACGCUGGACCUGCUGGCCCUCAAGCCCUUGAGCAUCAUCUCCCUCCUGGACGAAGAGAGCCACUUCCCACAGGGGACGGACGCCACCUUGCUGCAAAAACUGAAGAACGUCCAUGCCAACAACAAGGCCUUCCUGCAGCCCAAGAACAUCCACGAUGCCCGAUUUGGCAUCGCCCACUUUGCCGGCGAGGUGUACUACCAGGCAGAAGGCUUCCUGGAGAAGAACCGGGACGUGCUGAGCAAGGACAUACUCGCCCUGGUCCGCUCCUCCCAGAACAAGUUCCUGCGGGAGAUAUUCGGGCUGGAGUCCUCGGAGCUCAAACGGGGCCGAGGGACCAUCGUCCGGGUGACGGCGGGCAGCCAGCUCUUCAAGUCUGCAGACUCCAGCAAGCGGCCCUCCACCUUGGCGGGCCAGUUCAAGCAGUCCCUGGACAAGCUGAUGAAAAUCCUGACCAACUGCCAGCCUUACUUCAUCCGCUGCAUCAAACCCAAUGAGUACAAGAAGCCACUGCUCUUCAACCGGGAGCUGUGCCUCUGGCAGCUGCGCUACUCAGGCAUGAUGGAGACGGUGCACAUCCGCAAGUCCGGAUUCCCCAUACGCUACUCGUUCGAGGAGUUCUCGCAGAGGUUCCGCGUCCUGCUGCCCAGCGCCGCGCGCACGGAGCUUCAGGGCAAGUUUCGCCAGAUGACCCUGCGCAUCGUCGAAAUGUGGCUGGGCACAGACAAAGACUGGAAAGUGGGAAAGACCAAAAUUUUCCUGAAGGAAAACCAGGAAACCCUGCUGGCGGUACAGAGGAGCCAGGCCCUGGACAAGGCUGCCGUCAGCAUCCAGAGAGUCCUGCGGGGCUACAGAUACAGGAAGGAGUUCCUAAGGCAGAGGCAGGCAGCUGUGACCCUCCAGGCCUGGUGGAGAGGCUACUACAGCCAGAGGAACUUCAAGCUGGUCCUCCUGGGUUUUGAGCGUCUGCAGGCCAUUGCCCGGAGCCACCUGCUGGCAAAGCAGUACCAGGCCAUGCGGCAGAGGAUGAUCCAGCUGCAGGCCCUCUGCAGGGGCUACCUUGUGCGCCAGCAGGUCCAGGCCAAGAGGAGGGCAGUGGUGGUCAUCCAGGCGUACACCAGGGGCCUAGCUGUCCGGCGGAACUUCCGGCGGCAGAAAGCCAAUGGGCCUCUGGCCGUCCCCGCUGAAAAGCAGAAAAGCCCAAGCGCUGUCCCCAGGAGGAAGCGUAAGUCCAUCUACGACACUGUCACCGACACGGAGAUGGUGGAGCAGGUGUUCGGCUUCCUGCCUUCCCUGAUGGGCGGGCAGGAGGACCAGGCCACGCCGCACGUCGAGGAUCUGGAAGAGAGGACCCAGAAGCUACCCGAGGUUGACCUGGACACGGUCCCCAUGACGGGGGAGCCCGAGGAGGACGCAGACGACCUGGCCGAGUACACCUUCCCCAAGUUCGCCGUGACCUACUUUCAGAAAUCAGCCAGCCACACACACAUCCGGCGGCCCCUGCGGUACCCUCUGCUUUACCACGAGGAGGACGCCGACUGCUCGGCCGCCCUGGCUGUGUGGAACGUCAUCCUGAGGUUCAUGGGUGACAUCCCGGAGCCAGUGCUCUUUGCCAGGAACACCCUGCGCGGUGGCUCGGUGAUGCGGCAGAUCCAUGACGCCCUGGGCAGGGAGAGCAGUGCCCAGCCUCCGACGCACAGCGGAUCCGCACAGAGGCCCAGCCGCAGGGACAGAGGGACCAAGGACAUCUCCUCCAUGAAGCUGAAGUGGUCCUCCAGGGUCACGGGCCAGGUGGCCAGCCAGCUGAAUAUCGGAGAAGAGGCAUUUGAUCCUGACGACCCCAUCUCAGACCGACCCAUGUCCAAUCUGGAGAAGGUGCAGUUCAUUGUGGGCUACGCCAUCCUGCGGCCCAGCCUCAGGGACGAGAUUUACUGCCAGAUCUGCAAGCAGCUCUCGGAGAACUACAAAACGAGCAGCCUGGCCCGGGGCUGGAUCCUGCUUGGCCUGUGCCUGGGCUGCUUCCCGCCCUCCGAAAGGUUCCUGAAGUAUCUGCUGAACUUCAUUGGUCAAGGGCCAGUCGGCUACGGGCCCUUCUGUGUUGAGCGCCUGAGACGCACCUGUGCCAACGGGGUGCGCACGGAGCCGCCCUCCUGGCUGGAGCUGCAGGCUGUCAAGUCCAAGAAGCACGUCCCGAUCCAUGUGACCUUGGCGACUAGAGAGAGCCUGACCGUCUCGGUGGACUCAGCCUCGACGUCUCGGGAAGUCUGCCUGCACAUCGCCCACAAGCAGGGCCUCAGCGACCACGUGGGCUUUUCCCUGCAGGUCGCCGUGUACGAUAAGUUCUGGUCGCUGGGCAGCGGGCGCGACCACGUGAUGGAUGCCAUGGCCCAGUGUGAGCAGCUGGCCCGGGAGAGGGGCGAGAGCGAGCGCCAGGCGCCCUGGCGCCUCUACUUCCGGAAGGAGUUCUUCACCCCGUGGCACGACUCCCGGGAGGACCCGGUCAGCACCCAGCUCAUUUACCACCAAGUCCUCCACGGAGUCUGGUCCGGCGAGUACAGCUUCGAGAAGGAGGAAGAGCUGGUGCAACUGCUGGCCCAACACUGCUACGUGCAGCUCGGCGCCUCGGUGGGGAGCCAGGCCGUCCGGGAGCUGCUGCCCAGCUGUGUCCCCGCCAAGCUGUACAGGACCAAGACCCCAGAGAAGUGGGCCAGCCUGGUCACCGCCGCCCACGCUGAGGCGCCACACACCCAGAAGCGGGCCCCGCCACUGGCCGUGCAGGAGCAGGUGGCGGACACCGCCUGCCUGGAGUGGCCGCUGCUCUUCUCCCGGCUCUUUGAGGUCACCACACUCUCAGGCCCCCGACUGCCCAGGGCCCAGCUGAUCUUGGCUGUUAACUGGAAGGGGCUGUACUUCCUGGACCAGAAGGAGAAGAUGCUGCUAGAACUCUCUUUCCUAGAGGUCAUGAGCCUGACCACCGACAGGGAGGCCCAGGGUGGGCAGAGGCUGGCGCUCUUCACGCUGCACGAAGAGGAGUUCGAGUUCAGGUCCCCCAGCAGCGUGGCCAUCGCCGAGCUGGUGGCCAUGUUUCUGGAGGGCUUGAAGGAGAGGUCCGUGUUCGCCAUGGCCCUGCAGGACAGGAAAGCCACAGAGGAUGCCACCCUCCUGCCCUUCAAGAAGGGGGACUUGCUGAUCCUGACAGAGAAGCAGGGGCUGCUGACCUCUGAGAACUGGACCCUGGCCCAGAAUGACAGGACCAAGAAGACGGGGCUGGUGCCCACGGCCUGCCUCUACACCAUCCCAACGGUCACCAAGCCCUCGGCACAGCUGCUGAGCUUGCUGGCCAUGCCACCAGAGAAGCGGAAGCUGGCAGCCCAGGAGGGGCGGCCCGCAGCGCCGGCCCCCGAGGAGCAGCCUGAGGAGAAGCUGCACACCCUGGAGGAAUUCUCCUAUGAGUUUUUUAGGGUCCCAGAGAAGGAGACUGUCAGCAGAGCUGUGCUGCCCCUGGCCCGGACCCGGGGCCGCCUGUGGGCCCACUCAGCCGAGCCGCUGCGGCAGCCUCUGCUCGGGCGCGUCCACGCCGACGCCGAGCUGCGGGACGUCGCCUGUCGGAUCUUCAUCGCCAUCCUCAGGUACAUGGGCGACUACCCCUCUCGGAAGGCCUGGACCUCCCUGGAGCUUACCGACCAGAUCUUCUCGGCGGCCCUGCAGGAGGCGGCCCUGCAGGAUGAGGUUUACUGCCAGAUCCUGAAGCAGCUGACGCACAACACCAAGAGGCACAGCGAGGAGCGGGGCUGGCAGCUGCUGUGGCUGUGCACCGGCCUCUUCCCGCCCGGCAAGGCGCUGCUGCCCCACGCCCAGAAAUUCACAGACACGCGGAGCAGCGCGCUGCUGGCCCCCGACUGCAGCCGCCGCAUCCAGAGGGUCCUGAGGACGGGGCCCCGGAAGCAGCCCCCGCACCAGGUGGAGGUGGAGGCCGUGGAGCAGAACAUCUCCCGCAUGUGCCACAAGAUCUGCUUGCCCAACAACACGAGCGAGAUGCUGGAGGUGGGCACCAACACCCGGGUGCGGGAGGCGUGCGACAGCAUCGCCGCCCGGCUGCAGCUCGCCUCCUGGGAGGGCUGCAGCCUCUUCAUCAAGAUCGCGGACAAGGUCAUCAGCCAGAAGGAGGGAGACUUCUUCUUUGACUCCUUGAGGCAGGUGGCCGACUGGGUGAAGAAGAACAAGCCCCAGAAGGAAGGGGCCGCUGUGACACUCCCCUACCAGGUGUACUUCAUGCGGAAACUGUGGCUCAGCGUGGCCCCAGGGAGAGAUGUGAAGGCAGACACCAUACUCCAUUACCAUCAGGAGCUGCCCAAGUACCUGCGUGGGUUCCACAAGUGUUCGCAGGAGGAUGCCGUCCACCUGGCAGGCCUCAUCUACAAGGCCCAGUUUGGCAAUGACCGGUCCCAACUAGCUAGCAUGCCCAAGGUCCUGAGGGAACUUGUGCCUGAGAACCUCACACGUCUGAUGUCCUCAGAGGAAUGGAAGAAGCGCAUCCUCCUGGCCUGUGACAAGCACAGGGACAUGACAGUGGAGGAGGCCAAGGUGGCCUUCCUGAAGUGGAUCUGCCGGUGGCCCACCUUCGGGUCCGCCUUCUUCGAGGUGAAGCAAACCUCGGAGCCCUCCUACCCGGACAUCAUCGUCAUCGCCAUCAACCGGCACGGGGUUCUGCUCAUCCACCCCAAGACCAAGGACCUGCUCACCACCUACCCCUUCACCAAGAUUGCCAGCUGGAGCAGCGGCAGCACCUACUUCCACAUGGUGCUGGGGAGCCUGGGCCGGGGCAGCCGCCUGCUGUGUGAGACCUCUCUGGGCUACAAGAUGGACGACCUGCUGACCUCGUACGUGCAGCAGCUGCUGAGCACCGUGAACAAGCAGCGGGGCCCCCGGACCUCAGUCCCGGCCAGUCCCUAGCAGCGGGGCCCUCUUGCCCAUUCAGCCACCCUCCGCAAUCAGGGGUCCUGGAGGCCCUUCCCGAGGGCCCUUCUCUGGGCCCAAGGCCUGCCCUCUGGUGGCGGGCUCUCAAGUCACCCUCUCCCCAGAACCCCCAGCAGCACCACCCUGUGGCACCCCAGGGGCCCCCUCCCCUGGGUGCUGGCUCUGAGGGCCGAAGGGCAGGGCCGGGACAGGCGGGCCUCCAGGCCGACGGAUGGAAGACGGGGAGGACCCGCCCCCCAGGAAUGUUCAAUAAA